GGGUCCCGGCGCGGGGCCAUGGCGCCGGUGCGCGGGUGGCGGCGGCGCGCGCUGCGGCUGCUGACGGCGGGGGGCGCGGUGCUGCUGACGCGGUUCCCGUUCUGGCACUGCUUCAGCGGGCUCCUGCUGUGCGCUGAGCGCGCCGACGGGAGGAGGAAGCCGGACAUCCCGGUCCCGUACCUGUACGUGGACAUGGGGGUGGCCGUGCUCUGCGCCAGUUUCAUGUCCUUCGGGGUGAAGCGCCGCUGGUUCGCCCUCGGCGCCGCGCUGCAGCUCGCGGUGGCCACGUACGCGGCUCACGUCGGCGGCCACGGGCACUACGGGGACUGGUUAAAGGUCCGGAUGUACUCCCGCACCAUCGCCAUCAUCGGUGGGUUCCUCAUCCUGGCCAGUGGCGCGGGGGAGCUGUACCGGCAGCGGCCGCGCAGCCGCUCGCUGCAGUCCACGGGGCAGGUUUUCCUCGGCAUCUACCUCAUCUGCCAGGCGUACUCCCUGCAGCACAGCAAGGAGGACCGCCUGGCUUACCUGAACCACCUGCUGGGGGGGGAGCUGGCGCUCCAGCUCCUCUUUGUGCUGUACGGGCUGCUGGCGCUGGCCUUCCUGUCGGGAUGCUACGUGCGGGCGGCGGCACAGGUCCUGGCCGUGCUGCUGCCUCCCGCCAUCCUCCUCAUCGACGGCAACCUCGGCUACUGGCACCACUCGCGCCGCGUCGAGUUCUGGAACCAGAUGAAGCUCAUUGGCCAGAACGUCGGCAUCUUCGGCGCCGUCGUCAUCCUGGCCACUGAUGGAUGACGGGGGGGGGUCCCGGUGGGGUUUAACCCCAUCACCCCCCUCAUUGGAGUUUAUCCUGUUUGUAAAUACUUGAUUCCUGCCCGUGGAUGGGGCAGGAGCUGCCUGGGGGCAAGGGGGGACCCUGGGGGGGCGCUGGCCACUGUGUGGCUGGCCCCCCCCCCCCUU